AUGUCUAAUAAAGAUGAUAUAGAUUAUGAUGUAGGUAGCUACAGAUGUGAAGGCUCAGUAGAGCAUUUUAGUUUCAGAAUAUGUUUAGAAAUAUCUCGUACUUCAUUUCACCAUAAAAAUACUGAGAUUGAAAAAAAGUACACAAAAAGGAUAGAAAAAAUAUUUCAUUGGAUGGAAAAAACAUCAGAUGAACCACAAGAUCAAAAUGAUUUAGAAGAAACUUCUUCAUCAAUUGAAGGAAAACUUUUAGAUAGCCAUUUGAAAACCGAAUUUAAUCAGCAACAUAACGGUCGUACAAUUCUGCAUGAUAUUAUGGGUCAUGAUAGUACACUCACUGAAUCAUUCAAGAAAAUGAGCUUAAUGAAAGACCAUAAAAAAAAUAUACAUUUUUUUACUAAAAACGUUAUUGAUAAUUCACCAUCUGACAUUUCAAAAUUGCAAAAUAGAUUACCAAAUUUCAAUCAAAUAAUGCAUGUUCUUCUUGACCUUGGAAAUAAUGGUACAGAAAAUGAAGGAAAUAAUCUCGUGUUAGCAUCAUUUUAUUGGAAUCCAAACAGUCAUAUUAUGACAAUAUUUCCUAAUUUUACGACUAACAAUUGUUCAGGAUAUAUACUUCCAAUUAGUACAGUGAAAGAUUCAUGUUUUGAGUACAGAUUUUGGAUAGAAAAUCUAUCAAAUGAAUCUCUAGAACUAAUUACUGAUACUGUAAAUUUUCAUCUACUCAAAUUUGAUCACUAUGACUUUUAUAUACCAGAGACUGAUACUAUUGAAAUAUUUGCUGAAAUAACUUCUGCUAGUGGAUUUGAAUAUGACAAUUUAUUUAUUCGUUAUUUUAUUGAUCUUCCUUCAGGAUGGAAAUGUGCUAAUAUUAAUUCACUUAGUGGAACCACUCAUACAUGUCGACGAAAUAACAAUAAGACAUCUAUAUUUUCAUAUCUAUUCAAUGUUACAGUAAUAUUACCAAAAACAAUUGAUCAACCUAUAGAUCAAAAUAUUAACUCUGCAUUUAUAACAUUUAUUGUUUAUUCAAUUGAUUCAUGGAACAAGGAACGAGUUGAAGGAUAUGCAUCAUAUCAAAUUCCAAAAUUCUCUACACCAAUAUCAUAUAAAAAAAAUAUUAAAUUAGAAGCUUGGUUACCAAAAUCUAGAAAUUGUGUUGAUAAUUUACGUAGAUAUUUCAUUGGUGGAACUGUUAAGUUGGCUGAACCUAAUUAUAUAAGUGUACCCACAAAUUUCAAUGAAAAGUUGUUGAGUAAAUUUGGAAUGGAAGUAGAACAUAGAGGUACACUGGAUAUUACAUUAAGUAAUCUAAUGCAGCGUUGUAAAAGCAUUAAUAAUACUGAUAAUAAUAUUAAUCCUAGUGACAUUGUAUCUGCUCAAGCGCUAGUAAAAAGUGUCAACAAUGUAAUGGCUAGUUUCAAAAGAGCACGACAGAGAAUGCUUUUAGCUUGCCAGCCAAUAUUAAGUCCAUCACAUAACUAA